UUAUUGAAAACGAGUUGAAAAAAUUUAAAAGUUAUGAAAAAAGUAGGAAAAACUGAAAAAAACGAGUGGGAGAAAAAUGUUGAAACUCUAGAAAUAGGCACAUUAGCUUCCAAAAUGUUCAGACUCCAGCCGUGCGAUUAAUCCCACACAGGCACAUCAACGGUAGAGUGGUAGACACGAGACUAGACACCGGCUGGAAAAUAUUAGGCGCGAUAUCUGCUGGUUUUGCAUGGAGUAGACGAAUACUCCGUAGUAUAGGUUGCUGCUUGGCUUCUCUCUCUCUCUCUCUCGAUCUCGACAGCAGGUUAACUUAAAGGGAAUAAUGGCUUCAAACCGAUCGAGCAAUGGAAGAUCGCCACUAGUCAAUCAACAGCGGCAAAUCACAGCUUUUUUUGCCAAGAAAACAUCUUCCACCCCUUCAUCUUCUCCCUCCCCUUCACCUUCCUCUCUCUGCCCCAAAGUUAACAGUACAACCCCAAACCCUAACUCUCUCACCUUCUCCAACCCAUCUGAUUCCAGCCCACCCACGAAGUCCCCCCUGGAUUCCAAGUUGAGUAAAUCUCUCUUAGUCACCGGACAGCCUCCAGUUCCCGAUUCUACUAAGACUUCAUACCAACGAGAGGUUCUCAACCGGAGGAUUAGGGUUUAUUGGCCCUUGGACAAGUGUUGGUAUGAAGGAUGUGUAAAAUCUUUUGAUGAGAUUUCGGGGAAACAUUUGGUUCAAUAUGAUGAUGAUGAUGAGGAGACGCUGGACCUUUCCCAGGAAAGGAUUGAGUGGAUUGAGACUCCAGUCGUUAAGAAGUAUCGCCGAUUGCGGCGGCUUGGAGUGGCUGAGGACAAUGAGGAAGAAAAGUGGGAUGUUAUUGGGAAUGUUGGAAAUGACUUUCAUGAUGCAGAGUGGGAAAAUAGUGUUAGUAAAGAAGCAGACGGGGAUAAAGAUUGCAUAAGUGAUAUGGAUUUAGAAGCCUGGGAGGAAGAUAAUAAUGAUAUAGGGUUAAGAAUAGGAUGUCCAGAUCUGGUCAAGAAGACAGAAAUAGGGAAGAGGAAAUGUAGUGAAGGGCAUACGUUGCCUUCUACCUUGAUAAAGAAGAUUAAAAGUGGCGGAAGUAAUAAAAGUACACAAAUCAAGGCACCAACUACUACUAAUCGAGAAUGCUUGAAGGAGUCAAACACUAAUACAGUUUUAAAUGACAAUUCAAUGGAAAGAUUUAGCACACGUGAAAUGGAGAAGUUCCCCUUCCUCAGAAAGGACAGGAGAGAUGCAAACCGAAGGCGCAUUGGAGAUGUCAAUUAUGAUUCCAGGACUCUAUAUCUCCCCCCUAGCUUUUUAAAAGGUCUAACUGGUGGUCAGAGACAAUGGUGGGAAUUCAAGUCAAAACACAUGGACAAGGUUCUUUUCUUUAAGAUGGGGAAGUUUUAUGAGCUGUUUGAAAUGGAUGCACAUGUUGGAGCCAAAGAGUUAGACUUGCAAUACAUGAAGGGAGAACAACCUCAUUGUGGUUUUCCAGAAAAAAACUUCUCGAUGCAUGUAGAAAAAUUAGCUCAAAAGGGUUAUAGGGUUCUUGUCGUUGAGCAAACAGAGACGCCUGAACAACUUGAGUUUCGUCGUAGGGAAAAUGGAUCGAAAGACAAGGUCGUGAAGCGUGAGGUAUGUGGAAUUAUCACAAAAGGAACAUUAACUGAAGGUGAAAUGCUCAUAGGGAACCCUGAUGCGUCAUAUCUUAUUGCGGUGAGUGAAAGUAACCAACAGGGACGAACUUAUGGGGUUUGUCUGGUUGAUAUUGCUACGAGUAAAGUUAUCCUCGGACAGUUUGCAGAUGAUCCGGAUUGCAGUUCUCUCUGCAGUUUAUUAAUUGAGUUUAGACCAGUGGAAAUAAUAAAACCUUCCAAGUUGCUUAGCCCUGAAACUGAGAGAGUACUUCUUAGACAUACAAGAAGUCCACUAGUGAAUGACUUGAUUCCCCUUUCUGAGUUCUGGGAUGCUGAAAAGACAAUUUCCGAAGUUAAGACUAUGUAUCAACGUCUUAAUAAUACAACGGUUCCAUAUUGUCAAGAUGAAUCAGAUAGGGAUUGCAUUGUGUCAAUUCAUAAGGAUGCUCAAUUAGGUACUUUACCGAGUGUGCUGUCUGAGCUUGCUAAUGUGGGUGAGAAAGGGAUUCAUGCGCUCUCAGCUCUAGGAGGAACUCUAUUCUAUUUAAGGCAAGCUUUCCUGGAUGAGAGUCUACUCAAGUAUGCACAGUUUCAGUUGCUCCCCUUUUCUGGUUUUGGUGAAAUUUCUCAGAAACGAUAUAUGAUUCUUGAUGCUGCUGCUCUUGAAAACCUUGAGAUAUUUGAGAAUAGCAAAAACUGUGGUACUUUAGGGACAUUGUAUGCUCAGAUGAAUCAUUGUGUGACAGCAUUUGGGAAAAGGCUACUGAGGACAUGGCUUGCAAGACCUUUAUAUCAUCUGGAGGCAAUUAAAGAACGACAGGAUGCAGUAGCCGGACUAAAGCUGUGGAAGAGGACUAAUCUGAGAGCAUUAGCAGCAGCAAUUGGGAAGCCUAAGUCAAUAGUUCAUGAGUGGGUAAAAAGAGGUAAUCAACCCCUCAACUCCCCUGACCUAAAUGUGUUGGACCUUGGAUUUUUCAAAGCAAUUCAGUCUUUAAAAGAGCAAUGUGCUCCAAACACAGUGACUGAAUUGUUAGAGGCAGUGGAAGGAGCAUAUAGUUCUCUAAGGCCUGAAACCCUAAACAAGGUGUGGUUGAGUUAUCAGCAGGGUGCUAACCUACCGGCCGUACUUGAGUUUAGAAAAGAGAUAUCACGACUUCCUGACAUGGAAAGGCUACUUUCCCGAAUAUUUGCUAGCAGUGAAGGUAAUGGGAGGAAUGCAAAUAAAGUGGUAUUAUAUGAGGAUGCUGCAAACAAACAGCUACAUCAGUUCAUCUCAGCUUUAAGAGGUUGUGAACUAAUGGCGUGUGCAUGUGCCUCACUUGGCUUAACUUUGGAAAGCUCAGAUUCAAAGCUAUUACAUAAUCUUCUGGUAUCUGGUAAGGGACUUCGAGAUGUCCAACUUGUUAUAAAGCAUUUUAAAGAUGCUUUUGAUUGGGCGGAAGCAAAGAGUUCAGGUCGUAUUAUUCCUUGUGAAGGGGCUGAUGAGGAGUAUGAUUCUGCCUGUGAAUCCAUUAGGAGUGUUGAACUUAAUCUGUUGAAGCACUUGAAGACACAACAGAAGCUAUUUGGAGAUCCAUCGAUAAAAUAUGUCACAGUUGGAAAGGAUUCAUACCUUUUGGAAGUGCCAGAGAGUUUGAGCCAGUGCAUUCCUCAAGAGUACGAGUUGCAAUCAUCUAAAAAGGGUUAUAUCCGGUAUCGGAAUCCAGUCAUAAGGAAGUUAAUGGUAGAGCUUUCUCAAGCUGAAACAGAGAGAGAGUCCAAGUUGAGAACCAUUUUACAAAGGCUUAUAAGGCAUUUUUGUGAACAUCAUAGUAAAUGGAGAGAUCUAGUUUCUACUAUUGCAGAUCUGGAUGUGUUGAUCAGUUUAUCCAUUGCCAGUGAUUAUUAUGAAGGGCCUACAUGCCGCCCACAUUUAAGGGAACCACCCACUCACAAUGAUGUGCCAUGCCUUGUUGCUAAAAGCUUAGGGCAUCCUAUCAUUAGAAGUGAUUCUCUAGAUAAAGGAGCAUUUGUCUCCAAUGAUGUAACACUUGGUGGUACUGAACAUUCAAGCUUUAUCCUGCUGACUGGCCCUAAUAUGGGAGGAAAGUCUACUCUUUUGCGCCAAGUUUGCUUGGCUGUGAUUUUGGCACAGGUAGGGGCUUAUGUACCAGCAGUAUCCUUUGAUCUUUCUCCUGUUGACAAGAUCUUUGUUCGAAUGGGUGCUAAAGAUAAUAUUAUGUCCGGUCAAAAUAGUAGAUACACAUAUGCUGCCAAAGACCUUGUGGUCAAGUGGCAAAAAUAUGGCUCUUCCAAAUGGGAGCUCAAAGGAAUGGAAUUCAUGGACACUCAUAUGAUGGGAUCGGCGAUUAGCAUAGAUAUUGAUUUGGCGUACCCAUUUACUCUCGAUUUGAACCCAAAUUCCGGUGAAUCACUGGUUCCUUCCCAAUAUCAGCAGGUUAACUUAAAGGGAAUAAUGGCUUCAAACCGAUCGAGCAAUGGAAGAUCGCCACUAGUCAAUCAACAGCGGCAAAUCACAGCUUUUUUUGCCAAGAAAACAUCUUCCACCCCUUCAUCUUCUCCCUCCCCUUCACCUUCCUCUCUCUGCCCCAAAGUUAACAGUACAACCCCAAACCCUAACUCUCUCACCUUCUCCAACCCACCUGAUUCCAGCCCACCCACGAAGUCCCCCCUCGAUUCCAAGUUGAGUAAAUCUCUCUUAGUCACCGGACAGCCUCCAAUUCCCGAUUCUACUAAGACUUCAUACCAGCGAGAGGUUCUCAACCGGAGGAUUAGGGUUUAUUGGCCCUUGGACAAGUGUUGGUAUGAAGGUUGUGUAAAAUCUUUUGAUGAGAUUUCGGGGAAACAUUUGGUUCAAUAUGAUGAUGAUGAGGAGGAGACGCUGGACCUUUCCCAGGAAAGGAUUGAGUGGAUUGAGACUCCAGUCGUUAAGAAGUAUCGCCGAUUGCGGCGGCUUGGAGUGGCCGAGGAUGAUGAGGAAGAAAAGUUGUAUGUUAUUGGGAAUGUUGGAAAUGACUUUCAUGAUGCGGAGUGGGAAAAUAGUGUUAGUAAAGAAGCAGACGGGGAUAAAGAUUGCAUAAGUGAUAUGGAUUUAGAAGCCCGGGAGGAAGAUAAUAAUGAUAUAGGGUUAAGAAUAGGAUGUCCAGAUCUGGUCAAGAAGACAGAAAUAGGGAAGAGGAAAUGUAGUGAAGGGCAUACGUUGCCUUCUACCUUGGUAAAGAAGAUAAAAAGUGGCGGAAGUAAUAAAAGUACACAAAUCAAGGCACCAACUACUACUAAUCGAGAAUGCUUGAAGGAGUCAAAUACUAAUACAGUUUUAAAUGACAAUUCAAUGGAAAGAUUUAGCACACGUGAAAUGGAGAAGUUCCCCUUCCUCAGAAAGGACAGGAGAGAUGCAAACCGAAGGUGCAUUGGAGAUGUCAAUUAUGAUUCCAGGACUCUAUAUCUCCCCCCUAGCUUUUUAAAAGGUCUAACUGGUGGUCAGAUGGGGAAGUUUUAUGAGCUGUUUGAAAUGGAUGCACAUGUUGGAGCCAAAGAGUUAGACUUGCAAUACAUGAAGGGAGAACAACCUCAUUGUGGUUUUCCAGAAAAAAACUUCUCGAUGAAUGUAGAGAAAUUAGCUCAAAAGGGUUAUAGGGUUCUUGUCGUUGAGCAAACAGAGACGCCUGAACAACUUGAGUUUCGUCGUAGGGAAAAUGGAUCGAAAGACAAGGUCGUGAAGCGUGAGGUAUGCGGAAUUAUCACAAAAGGAACAUUAACUGAAGGUGAAAUGCUCAUCGGGAACCCUGAUGCGUCAUAUCUUAUUGCGGUGAGUGAAAGUAACCAACAGGGACGAACUUAUGGGGUUUGUCUGGUUGAUAUUGCUACGAGUAAAGUUAUCCUCGGACAGUUUGCAGAUGAUCCGGAUUGCAGUUCUCUCUGCAGUUUAUUAAUUGAGUUUAGACCAGUGGAAAUAAUAAAACCUUCCAAGUUGCUUAGCCCUGAAACUGAGAGAGUACUUCUUAGACAUACAAGAAGUCCACUAGUGAAUGACUUGAUUCCCCUUUCUGAGUUCUGGGAUGCUGAAAAGACAAUUUCUGAAGUUAAGACUAUGUAUCAACGUCUUAAUAAUACAACGGUUCCAUAUUGUCAAGAUGAAUCAGAUAGGGAUUGCAAUGUGUCAAUUCAUAAGGAUGCUCAAUUAGGUACUUUACCGAGUGUGCUGUCUGAGCUUGCUAAUGUGGGUGAGAAAGGGAUUCAUGCGCUCUCAGCUCUAGGAGGAACUCUAUUCUAUUUAAGGCAAACUUUCCUGGAUGAGAGUCUACUCAAGUAUGCAGAGUUUCAGUUGCUCCCCUUUUCUGGUUUUGGUGAAAUUUCUCAGAAACGAUAUAUGAUUCUUGAUGCUGCUGCUCUUGAAAACCUUGAGAUAUUUGAGAAUAGCAAAAACUGUGGUACUUUAGGGACAUUGUAUGCUCAGAUGAAUCAUUGUGUGACAGCAUUUGGGAAAAGGCUACUGAGGACAUGGCUUGCAAGACCUUUAUAUCAUCUGGAGGCAAUUAAAGAGCGACAGGAUGCAGUAGCCGGACUAAAGGGUGCUAACCUACCGGCUGUACUUGAGUUUAGAAAAGAGAUAUCACGACUUCCUGACAUGGAAAGGCUACUUUCCCGAAUAUUUGCUAGCAGUGAAGGUAAUGGGAGGAAUGCAAAUAAAGUGGUAUUAUAUGAGGAUGCUGCAAACAAACAGCUACAUCAGUUCAUCUCAGCUUUAAGAGGUUGUGAACUAAUGGCGUGUGCAUGUGCCUCACUUGGCUUCACUUUGGAAAGCACAGAUUCAAAGCUAUUACAUAAUCUUCUGGUAUCUGGUAAGGGACUUCGAGAUGUCCAACUUGUUAUAAAGCAUUUUAAAGAUGCUUUUGAUUGGGCGGAAGCAAAGAGUUCAGGUCGUAUUAUUCCUUGUGAAGGGGCUGAUGAGGAGUAUGAUUCUGCCUGUGAAUCCAUUAGGAGUGUUGAAAUUAAUCUGUUGAAGCACUUGAAGACACAACAGAAGCUGUUUGGAGAUCCAUCGAUAAAAUAUGUCACAGUUGGAAAGGAUUCAUACCUUUUGGAAGUGCCAGAGAGUUUGAGCCAGUGCAUUCCUCAAGAGUACGAGUUGCAAUCAUCUAAAAAGGGUUAUAUCCGGUAUCGGAAUCCAGUCAUAAGGAAGUUAAUGGUAGAGCUUUCUCAAGCUGAAACAGAGAGAGAGUCCAAGUUGAGAACCAUUUUACAAAGGCUUAUAAGGCAUUUUUGUGAACAUCAUAGUAAAUGGAGAGAUCUAGUUUCUACUAUUGCAGAUCUGGAUGUGUUGAUCAGUUUAUCCAUUGCCAGUGAUUAUUAUGAAGGGCCUACAUGCCGCCCACAUUUAAGGGAACCACCCACUCACAAUGAUGUGCCAUGCCUUGUUGCUAAAAGCUUAGGGCAUCCUAUCAUUAGAAGUGAUUCUCUAGAUAAAGGAGCAUUUGUCUCCAAUGAUGUAACACUUGGUGGUACUGAACAUUCAAGCUUUAUCCUGCUGACUGGCCCUAAUAUGGGAGGAAAGUCUACUCUUUUGCGCCAAGUUUGCUUGGCUGUAAUUUUGGCACAGGUAGGGGCUUAUGUACCAGCAGUAUCCUUUAAUCUUUCUCCUGUUGACAAGAUCUUUGUUCAAAUGGGUGCUAAAGAUAAUAUUAUGUCCGGUCAAAGUACAUUUUUAAUGGAGCUCUUAGAAACUGCAUCUAUGCUGUCAUCUGCAAGUCGAUACUCACUCGUUGCACUGGAUGAACUUGGCCGAGGAACAUCAACAUCUGAUGGACAAGCAAUCGCCGAGUCAGUUCUGGAACAUUUUGUUCACAAGGUACAAUGUAGAGGGCUGUUUUCUACUCAUUACCAUCGAAUAGCCAUUGACUAUAAGGAUGAUCCCAAGGUCUCACUCUGUCACAUGGCAUGUCAUGUUGGCAAUGGUAUGGGAGGCAUGGAGGAAGUUACUUUUCUUUAUAGGUUAACACUUGGCAUAUGUCCUAAGAGUUAUGGUGUGAAUGUUGCGCGGCUGGCUGGGAUCCCUGAUAGUAUACUACAAAGGGCUGCUCAAAAGUCUCAAGAAUUUGAGUGGGCUUAUGACAACCGUACACGGUCCGGAGGCAAUUCCAGUGAGAGUUGGGAUGAGAAGGUGGUAAGAAUAAUUGGGAGCCUGUUACGUCUUGCUGGUUACGAUGAAUCCCGUGGCAGUGAGGUUGCUGUUUUAUUGAAUGAACUACAGCAUAGAGCGAAAAUGCUAGUGGAAUAAACUCAAGAGUUGAAGAGAGUUUGUACAUUUCUCUGACUUGCGUUUUUUGUAUGCUCUCCAUUGUGUACUUUUAGGAGUUUAUUUUCCUGCUGCGGGUAAAAAUCACCAUAUAUCCCUCCCUAUCAAAAAGUCCCUUAGAUUUGAUUGCUUGAGCAUUACUUGGAUUUGGGCACAAUAGAAUCUUUUGGUUGGAUCGGGCUGUUUUUUAUGUACUACCUUUGGUUUCUAACUACGUUUUAUGAAAUAUUGCUAAAAUCAUAGAGGCAUGUGUUGCCAUUAU